GGAGACGUAUUCCAGGUCUCCACCAUUUCGAAGUUGUCACACGCCGUCACACGCAUAUCCAUUGCCGCAGAGAUUGUGUAGAUGGCGCUGCGCGUGCUUUGGGCAGCAUCCGGUGAAGAUGCAGUGGUCUUCCACGACGAGGAGUUGCAAGCUCUGGUGGAAGAACGGGGCAACACCAUCAAAGCACUGAAACUGGAACUUAUGUCUCGAGGAUUUGGAUCAAGGUUUCGACUGCGGCUCUUGCAAGCAGAAGAACAUCUGGAGGUUGGUGACGAUGUGGUGAUUGUUCCGCCACUGGUGCUGAAGAUGGUCAAGCUGGCCUUCCUACUACCAGACCAAGAAGGAGAUGAGGAAGUCCUUGACGCUUGUCAGGAAGGAGACCUUCAAGAAGUUGAAGAGGUUGCAUCAACACUGCAGACUCUGCAGCAUUGGAGAACUAUGCAGCUUUGCAUGUGGCACCUCGAAGAAGUUGACACCAGGUGGUGCGCAGACCCCAGCUGCAAUCGGCUGCAGAGGCUGGUGCAACUCCUUUGCACUGGGCUGCAUCAGAUGCCCAAUGCAAAGGAGUGGCACCAACAUGUGGGGACUUGGUGCGCGGACCGUUGCUGAAGGCUGGAGCGGCAUACGACGAUUCAUGUAUCAGUAAUCAUCGGUGCGCGGCCAGACUUCUGGAUGUGAUGCAUUUGCUGGCUGGGUCGAGCUGGGUCCGGUGGCUGGGUCGAGCCACUACGGCUGGGUCGGGUGCAACUCAUUUGCACUACGCUGAGGAGUGGAAGUAGUGGAAGUAGUGCGCAAGCUGGGGCUACAUAUGAUCAAACCACCACAGAUCUGGGCGAAACUCCUUUGAUUGGGCUGCUGAAAACUCUUGCUGGCGCCGCCUGCGACGUCACCACUCCGGGGAAGCUUUGCACUCCUCAGAACCGCUAUGAGGAUUUGCGUACAUCUAGGGAUUUUUUUUUGAACUCUUCCUCUGCGGCUAAGAGGCUGAAAAA